AUGGCUACUUUUUGGAAUCUUUUGUCAUUAUUUGUAUUACUUGUAACAUUGCAAUUUUCUGGAGCACAAUAUUAUGGUGGAAUGUAUCGUCCUUAUGGUAUGUAUGGUGGUCCAUAUGGAGGAUAUAGGCCCUAUGGAAUGUAUGGGGGACCUUAUGGACCUUAUGGAGGAUAUAGACCAAUGAUGUCACCAACUGGUCGUGCUUUAGUUGGAUUGGGACUUCUUGCUAGUUCAGUUGGAAAAAAAUAA